AUGAAGUUCCUCGUGAUAGUGAGCUCAAUCCUGCUGCUCCUACUGAAAGUAACCAACACCAAAAUACUUAUUUCGGCAAAUGAUCCAACCAUCGACCGAGCCUCGAACGGCAGACCGACGUUCGAGCAAUACCAACAGCAACGGAAACGUUUCAUCGACCAGGAAGCGCUCAGAUUUCUCGGUGCCGAGUUGGUGCUUAACGACGAUGAAGUGGUGGUCAAUCAUUACCUCAUGACACUUAAGCGAGCCGAACUCGACCAAGGCUUCGACAACAGUUAUAACUUCAUUCCGGCAAGGCACUUUUUCGAAAUGCUCGACCGCUUCAACCAGUCGCAAUUGUUCCGGUUGAUUCAACGACUUCCUAAGGGAGCAGUAUUGCAUGCUCACGAUACUGCAAUCGGCAGUACCGAUCUGAUAAUAAAUGCCACCUACCAUAAGGAUCUGUGGCAGAAGGGUGAGCUGGAUGGCAAUGAUGAUCCUCAAUUUUUGUUUUCGAAAGAGAAACCAGCUGAAGAAGGUUGGGAGCUAGUUAGUGAUAUUCGUCAAAGUAUGACUCCAUCCGUAUAUGAUGAAAAAAUCCGGAGGCUAUUUGGUUUGUACACGGAAAAUCCAAUAAGCACCUACAAGAGCAUCAACGAUGUGUGGGGAAAGUUUCAGCACAUAUUUGCAGCACUGGAUCCGAUCGUUACCUACGAACCAGUUUGGCGUCAAUAUUAUUACGACUCACUUCAGCAGUUCUAUGAUGAUAAUGUGCACUAUUUAGAGUUCCGCGGAGUUUUACCGGAGGUGUACGAUUUAACCGGAAAAGUUUACUCGCCAGAGGAAAUCGUUCAGAUUUAUGUGGAGGAAACGGAAAGAUUUCGAUCAACGCAUCCGCUGUUUUUGGGCGCUAAAUUCAUUUAUGCCCCUAGCCGUUUUGCAAGCGAUACCGUCUUCGAGACUUUUAUCGAAACAGCAAAGAGCUUGCAUGAAAAGUUUCCCACUUUUGUCGCUGGUUUUGAUCUCGUUGGUCAAGAAGAUACCGGCAGACCGUUGAUUGAUUUUGUACCCGAGCUACUAAAGCUUCCGGAAUCGAUAAAUUUCUUCUUCCACGCAGGAGAGACUAAUUGGUUCGGACUAAGUACUGAUGAGAAUAUUGUUGAUGCCAUCUUGCUGGGUACCAAACGAAUAGGUCACGGAUUCGCUCUUCUCAAGCACCCAAAUCUACUCAGUGAAGUGAAACGUCGCAACGUAUGCGUGGAAGUUAAUCCAGUUUCCAAUCAGGUUCUCAAGCUUGUCGAUGAUUACCGGAACCACCCGGCAGCGGUAUUCUUCUCCGACAAUUACCCGGUUGUGGUGUCAUCCGACGAUCCAUCCUUUUGGCGGGCGGCCCCACUGAGUCAUGAUUUCUACAUGGCAUUCGUUGGUAUUUCCUCCGCCCACCACGAUCUGCGGUUACUGAAGAAACUAGCCAUGAAUUCGCUAGACUACAGCGCUAUGGAUGAGACUGAGAAAUCCGAUGCCAAACGCCGGUGGAAGCAAUCGUGGCAUAAAGCAAUGAAAGAAAUAGCUAAAGAGGUAUUAAGAGGAAAACAGCUAUAA